GUUUCCUCACUCCGGCAACCCUCAUUUCUCUCUCCCAAUCACACACCGCAGGCUGAAGAUGGCGGGAGACGACGAUUCAUCCAGAUCGGGCGGCGACGGCGCGAUUCCUCCGUCCACACCCGAUUCUCCGACAUCGGCAGGGUUCAACACGGACCAGUUGCCGUUCAACACCAGCCAGAACUACACCGACGACGACGACGAGGCGUCCGUCGAUCCUGAGAUCGUCAGGGACGAGAUCGAAGAGGAACACCUCAACGAUGAAGAGGAAGAAGGGGAGGACCUCUUCAACGACAAUUUCAUGGAGGACUAUCGGGGGAUGGGCGAGCAGGACCAGUACGAAGGGUUGGGGAUUGACGAUUCUCUCGAGGACGAGAGGGAUUUGGACCAGAUUAUGGCGGAUCGCAGAGCUGCCGAGCUCGAGCUUGACGCCAAAGAGGCUCGCGUUUCUCAGCGCAAGCUUCCGCAGCUUCUUCACGAUCGAGAUAGCGACGAUGAAAGCUACAGGCCAUCAAAAAGAACAAGGGCUGACUUCAGGCCUCCAGGUACUCCUGGAAGUAUGGAUGAUACUGAUGGAAUGGCCAGUUCUCCAGGUAGAUCACGAGGCAACUCCAGGGAUGAUGUUCCCAUGACUGAUCAGACAGAUGAUGACCCUUAUGACGAUGAAGAGAAUGAUGAACCGGAGAAUGCCAUGUAUAGGGUUCAGGGAACCCUUAGAGAGUGGGUUACUAGAGAUGAAGUGAGGCGUUUCAUUGGCAAGAAAUUCAAGGGUUUUUUGCUCACAUACGUCAAACCAAAGAGUGAGAAUGAAGACUUUGAGUAUCUGAGGCAGAUCAAUGAAAUGGUCUCAGUUAACAAGUGUAGCCUUGAGAUUGAUUAUACACAAUUCAUCUUUGCGCACCCCAACAUUGCAAUCUGGCUUGCGGAUGCGCCCCAGUCUGUCCUUGAGAUUAUGGAAGAAGUUGCCAAUAAGCUUGUUUUUGACUUGUACCCAAAUUACAAGAAAAUCCAUCAAAAGAUCUAUGUGCGCAUUACUAAACUGCCUGUCUAUGAUCAGAUACGAAAUAUUAGGCAGAUACACUUGAACACCAUGAUUCGUAUUGGUGGAGUUGUUACUCGACGUUCUGGAGUCUUUCCUCAAUUGCAGCAAGUUAAAUAUGAUUGUAAUAAAUGUGGUGCAAUUCUUGGGCCUUUUGUCCAGAACUCAUAUUCAGAGGUAAAGGUGGGUUCUUGUCCAGAGUGUCAGUCAAAAGGACCAUUCACUGUUAACAAUGAACAGACAAUAUAUAGAAACUACCAGAAACUUACUCUCCAAGAAAGCCCUGGAAUUGUUCCUGCUGGUAGGUUACCGAGACACAAGGAAGUGAUACUUUUGAAUGAUCUAAUUGACUGUGCCCGACCCGGAGAAGAGAUAGAGGUGACUGGCAUAUAUACCAACAACUUUGAUUUGUCUUUAAAUACAAAGAAUGGGUUUCCUGUCUUUGCCACUGUGGUUGAAGCAAAUUAUGUUGCCAAGAAACAUGACCUCUUUUCAGCUUACAAGCUGACUCAAGAAGACAAAGAAGAAAUUCAGAAGUUGGCAAAAGACCCAAGAAUUGGAGAAAGGAUUGCCAAGUCAAUAGCCCCCUCCAUUUAUGGACAUGAGGACAUUAAGACUGCGAUAGCUCUGGCCAUGUUUGGUGGCCAAGAGAAGAAUGUUGAAGGAAAACAUCGUCUGCGAGGAGAUAUUAAUGUGCUCCUGCUCGGUGAUCCUGGAACUGCCAAAUCCCAGUUCCUAAAGUAUGUUGAGAAGACUGGACAAAGGGCUGUGUACACCACUGGAAAAGGAGCUUCUGCUGUAGGACUCACUGCUGCAGUUCACAAGGAUCCGGUCACGAGGGAGUGGACUCUCGAAGGAGGUGCACUUGUUUUGGCUGACAGAGGCAUAUGUCUUAUUGAUGAGUUUGACAAAAUGAAUGAUCAGGACAGAGUGAGCAUCCAUGAAGCAAUGGAACAGCAGAGUAUUAGCAUAUCAAAAGCUGGGAUAGUCACAUCUCUCCAGGCCCGCUGUUCUGUAAUUGCUGCUGCAAAUCCUAUUGGGGGAAGAUAUGAUUCCUCGAAGACAUUUUCACAGAAUGUGGAGCUCACUGAUCCAAUUGUUUCCCGAUUUGAUGUUCUCUGUGUUGUCAAGGAUGUGGUUGACCCAGUAACUGAUGAGAUGCUGGCACAAUUUGUCGUUGAUAGUCACUACAAAUCCCAGCCCAAAGGUUCCAACUUCGAUGAUAGGUCUGUGAACAACUCACAGGAUGAAAACCAAGCUUCAGCCGGAGAAACAGAUCCGGAGAUAAUACCCCAAGAGAUGCUAAAGAAAUACCUAACAUAUGCUAAGCUAAACGUGUUUCCAAAGUCGCAUGAUGCAGAUUUAAACAAGCUUACACAAGUUUAUGCUGAACUUCGGAGAGAAUCAUCAAAUGGACAAGGAGUUCCUAUUGCGGUGAGACAUAUAGAAUCAAUGAUACGAAUGUCUGAAGCCCAUGCUAGAAUGCACCUCAGAAACCAUGUCACUCAAGAGGAUGUUGACAUGGCUAUUCGAGUCCUGCUGGAUUCAUUUAUCUCAACCCAAAAGUUUGGUGUACAGAAAGCACUGCAGAAGAACUUCAAAAAAUACAUGAUAUUCAAAAAGGAUUUCAACGGAAUCGUUCUCCACCUUCUUCGAGGACUUGUGAAGGACACCCUGCAGUUUGAAGAGCUUGCAACUGGUUCUACUGCUAACCUCUCUCAUGUUGAUGUCAAAGUGGAAGAAUUACAAAGCAAGGCACUUGAUUAUGGAAUCAGUGAUCUGAAGGCUUUCUUCAGCAGCACAGAGUUUUCGAAUGCCAGCUUUGAGUUGGACGAACAAAGAGGUAUUAUAAGGCAUCGUCUUACCCACUAAUUUGAGCGACGAUGUUGGUACGAGAUUAAGUAACGGGCUCUAUUAUCAACAUUGUUGAAUUUUUUUCAUCCUUAUUAAAAGUAUGUUAGGUUCUGCACUUAACUUUUCCUUCCAAAUAUGUAGCAGGAGACCUAUAAUUUAUUUCAGAUUUAGCCUUUGUAAGAAAAGUUGGUAAUCUCAAAUUUGUAUUAUAAUAUGGGUUGAAAAUCUAGCACUCA